GGCACAGAAGAAAAAAUGACUAAUAAAGCUUGUUGGAAAUUUGACGAGCAAGAAAGAGCUCUGUACAUCGACGUCGAAGUAGAUGAAGAGGACAAAGAAAACCCAAAGGUAUAUAGUGCCUGGGACAAAUUACCGGAUAUACUAUUAGAAGAAAUAUUCUCCUAUUUAACAGUCCGUCAACGCUAUUACGCAUCUCUAGUCUGUCGAUCUUGGUACCAAGCAUUUAAACUACCAAGAGUAUGGUCUACAUUUACUGUCCAGGACACAACGUUAACCCGUGGAAAGUUUAAUUACUACAGCGGGUGGUGCUACGUGUUGGACCAUAUCAGAACUUCUUCAUGUUUCUACAGAGUUGGUCGUAAUUUUCGGUCCCUGGUGUUCGAGCCCAGUUACAAUUUUUACAAUCUCUAUGAAUUCAUGAACAUGUUUACCUGGUUUUGUUUGCGAAAACCCGGUGAUGAUCCUUACAUACCUGGAAUGGGUCACAAUAUUCGUCAUUUGAAAUUUAUAUUUCCUUGUAAUAUGGCUAAUCGUGACGAUCCAGAGCAAAUAAAAAUAUUCGGUACCGGUGGGAAGCUCCUAGAAACUGUUAAAAAACUUACAUCCAAUUUAAAGAAUUUACGAUCCGUGGAAUUCAUUGAUCUGAUGCUUGACAGCAAAGAGGCGCUUUAUUUUUUGGAUAAUAUCUGUGAUAAUUGUACUGAAACUUUGAAAAAACUCGUGUUAAUUAAUACCACAAAACUUUACUGUCCAUUAUUGCACGUUGGAGUUUUUCUUAAUUUAAAUAUUCUUGUAAUAAGCCCACAAAAUUUAGAUAAUGAUGUAUUGGACUUGAUUGGGUAUACAAAAUUGAGACACAUGCAUAUAUUCCAAAAUCGCUAUAGCCCUGUUGACAGCACUGUCCGAUUGCCGAAGCAAUUAGCAUGGAUAAAAUUAGGCAAAAAUAAUCCAUAUCUAAAAGUCCACUUUGAAGUCGAAAGUAAUAAGCCGGAGAUAAUAUUGCCGAUUGAAUUUCCUGAGCACAAUUCAAUACCAUGCUACAGCAUCGUGAUAGACAACCAGACGGCACAACCAACGGCUGCGAUGAUGUUGGCUCAGGCAAUUAAUUUUCAAAAGACGUUGUCUAUUUAUGCGAUAAAAAGUAUCCCAAAGUAUUAUCAGCAUCGAAGUUUCUCGAAGCGUGUCGAUGAAAUCAUCGUGCGAGUGUGCAGAACAUGCCCCAAUAUUCAUACACUGAUGAUACGAGAUAAAAUAUCAACUUCAACACUACUCGAGAUAGCUUCAACAGCGAAGUCAUUGCGCUAUUUAUAUGUACGUCGUCAAGCUGUUUUAAAAAGAUGCGAUAAAACUUGGUCAGUUGUUACAGAGUGGACACCUGAGCACCAAGAAUGGAUAAAGUCUAUUUGCAAAUCUUAUGAAGAUACCGAAAAAGAAAUUUCUAAAAUACUAGGAUAUAGAUGGAGAAUGCUAACAGAAAAAGAAUUCAAACAACAAACUAUUCAUUUAUAUGUAUAA